ACCUCACUCAAACAUUUACUCUUGGGGAUCUCUCAAGUAAGACUCCACUGACUUCCAGAGACACACACUUUUGGACUUUUUUGUGCAAGAAGCUUUCUGAGGAAACAUGGUGUCAGCCGGCUUUCAGAUGUUGGGCACUGCCCUGUGCAUUAUUGGAUGGAUUGGGACCAUCGUUGUCUGCGCCCUUCCCCAGUGGAAAGUGACAGCCUUCGUCGGACAGAACAUUGUCACCGCUCAAACCACCUGGGAGGGCAUAUGGAUGAGCUGUGUGGUCCAGAGCACAGGUCAGAUGCAGUGCAAGGUUUAUGACUCAAUGCUGGCCCUUUCCCGGGACCUCCAGGCUGCACGUGCCCUCAUCAUCAUCUCCAUCCUGCUUGGAAUCAUCGGCAUCCUCCUCGCAAUUGCAGGAGGCAAAUGCACCAACUGCGUGGAAGACGAUGCCUCCAAAGCUAAAAUCGGCGUGGCAUCUGGUGUGAUCUUCAUCCUUUCUGGUAUUUUGUGCCUCAUCCCUGUGUGCUGGACCGCAAACACCAUCAUUAAUAACUUCUACAACCCACUGACGGUAGGCUCUCAGAAAAGGGAGAUUGGAGCUGCACUCUUCAUCGGCUGGGGGGCUGCAGGCCUCCUCAUCGUGGGUGGUGCAUUCCUCUGUGCCAACUGCCCUCCCAAGGAUAACUACUCUGCCAAGUACUCAGCUGCCCGUUCAAAUGCACCCAAGGACUAUAAUCGCAGAGACAGACGCGUGCAGGGGCUGCGCGCUCCUCCUCUUCUCUGCGCUCUUUGCGCACGGCAUGCUGGUGCAGCACCAAACCGCACGAACAACGCCGCUGAAAUGGUUUCUCAGGGGAUUCAGCUCAUUGGUAUAUCCAUGGCUUUGAUUGGCUGGUUCUUGGUCAUCGUGGUGUGCGCCUUGCCCAUGUGGAAGGUCACUGCUUUCAUCGGAGCCAACAUCAUCACAGCUCAGACCAUCUGGCAGGGCAUGUGGAUGAACUGUGUUGUGCAGAGUACUGGCCAGAUGCAGUGCAAGGUAUAUGACUCCAUGCUGGCUCUGCCCCAGGACCUGCAGGCCGCUCGCGCCAUGAUCAUCAUCUCCAUCCUCACUGGAAUCUUUGGGGUGGUCUUGUCAAUCGCCGGGGGGAAAUGCACAAACUGCAUCGAGGACGAGCGAUCCAAGUCAAAGGCUUGCAUCCUUGCUGGAAUUUUGUUCAUCGUCUCAGGGUUGCUCUGUCUUAUUCCAGUGUCCUGGUCUGCCAACACCAUCAUCACCAACUUCUAUAACCCACUUAUGGUUGCAGCCCAGAGGUAUGAGUUAGGAGCCGCUCUGUAUAUCGGCUGGACGGCUGCUGCACUGCUGCUCAUGGGAGGGGGGCUACUGUGUUGGAACUGCCCACCCAAACAUGAACACCCCCACUACGUACCCAGAUUCACACCUGUGAAGUCGGCUUCCACGUCAAGACAAUACGUAUAAGAUGGUUAGCGCUUGCCACAUGGACUGUUGAGGUCACAAAAAUCGCAACAGAGAGAAAUAAUAGUUUGCUUCGUAUAUUCACUGGCAAUGUAAAUAUAGCAUGAAAUCACAGCUUACCACAAUCCUUUUUAAGGUCGAUUUUGCAAUUAGAGAAUGUGUCAAAGUGACCUUUCCGCCAGUGGAUGUUUUGUCUUUGUGUAACUAAGAGCAUAAAUAAUGACUGUGUGAGUAAAGACUAUCUUGAAAAGGUCCUAAAAAGCAUUAAUUUUAAGUGUCUGAUACAGAUCCCAUUUAAUUGUGCCGCUGGGGCCCUGUAAUUGUGCACCUAGCUCAAUGUCACAAUGAGAUGGAGCAAAGACAUCAUCAGUUUUAUGGCUGUGUUUUUCUUGCCAUGAGGUGUCAAAAUGUUAGCUGUUUAGACAACACCAAAAAGGAACUUAUGUACAUGUCUCAAACUACAAUGUAAAAAUGUAAGCGCCCUUUAAAAUCUGAAUCUAUGUUGUAUUGUGGCUGGCUGAUAAGAAACUAGGAUUUGAAUCAUGAUUAUUAUUAGUCUCUGUAAAUAUCUGGAUUGUUGUGAGGCUCUCACAGAGUAAUUAUCUUUAUUGUCAUUCAGAUUCUAACAUCUCUGAAAAUAAAGGCAGGAAUGCAGCUGCCUUCAUGUAUAAUUUCUGCUAAAGUAAGUUUUGCAUUGAUUACGUCUGUCUAAGUAACAAAUGGAGUGUCAGCAAUAAGUAAACACCGUGAGUUCAGGAAAAUCUCUGCAUUUCUAUCUGCUCUCCUUUUUAUUUUUACCCAGCCUGCAAAUUCUACAUUUAUAUUUCUGAACCUUGUGAUAUCCUGUUACUGUAAAUAAACUCUAUACCCACUGGA